UUCGAGGCUGAUCUCGAGCGUCGCGUCAUUCCUUCCCCGCGGUCCGUUCACGGUAGUACCGUUUCUUUCUUCUCUCUCCGCGCACCCUCUUCUCGCCACGAUCCCUGCUCGGUAGUGGCUCCAGCGGCGGAGCGGACGCGCGGCUCGGGACCGAGCGGCGGCAGAGCUCGGCACUGCAACAGUUAGCUCCCUUUUAUUUCCCCUUUGACCCCGUGCCCCGUGCCCGUUCCACGGGAGCGUCGUUCACCAGGCUCCUCUUCGUCUCGGCCAGUUCGCGCGGCGCCGCUCGCUCCGCUGGUUCGCGUCGGUUCUCCACUUCCGCCAGCUGACCGAUAAGCGCACCACUGUCAGGGUCGAAGAAAGAAGAAGGUCGACAGCUGUUCCGUGACCGUCGAUUAUCCGCACGCUCGAACCGGCCCGGCCCGGCUCGGCUCGGUCCGGCCCCCUUCUUCGACUCGCUCGCCGGACUAGACCAGCACGAGCCAGACACUCGGCCCCGGAAGCCACCACGGUCCCUCCAGCUACCGACCAUGUCGCUGAUCGCCGGCUGCUUCCGAAGACUCACCGAGGCACCGGUCAGAACUGAGCUGAAGGGCUACAAGGUAACCGAUGUGAACCGCACGCGGAAGUUCGGCGUCGCCUGCAGGAGCCUCCAGGAGCUGAAACGGAAAGCUUGCGCGAAGCUGAACGUAACCAAUGACCUCGCUGAAGUCAAUGUCUUCCUACUCGACGGAUCGUUGAUCGACGAGGAAUACUUUUAUACGCUGGAGCCGCAAACAACGUUAAUCGUUCAGAGGCCUGGCGAGAAAGUCUUAAGCGACGCGGACCUCCUGUACGACACCUUGAGGCGCGUCAACAUCGAUUUCCUGACUGCCGGCGACAAGGCGUCCGAGUUCCUCACGGAAAACCUUAAGGCGAAGGUCGCCAUUCUGAAUAGCGCACUGAACAAGGACGACUCGAAGACUACGUUCACCAGCAGAGACGAGCACCCGGACUGGUUCCGCGGUCUGGAAACCAACUAUACGACCAAAGAGGCGUACCUGCACCGCAGGUGCCAAGACAGGAUACGCAGCUACCUGUACAAGACGAUCGACCAGAUCAAGUCGUCGGAGACGUUCGCGAACGAUCAACGCGCGAAGAAGCAGCUGCUGUACGCCAUAGCCUUCUUCAAGAUGCAGCUGAAGGAGGACCACUACUUCGGCCACUACUUCGAUAGAACGCGGGCGCCGAUCAGUUCGACGCAAUCCGUCGACGAACGGGACUCGCCGACCUGCUACGAUCAUUGCCCCUGCAGGCUGAGCCGCCUCGAGGACAGCGCGUACUACCGAUUGUUCGGGACCACCGAUCUGUCCUGCGUGGACGGAACAGCGAAGAAGAAGGCGAAACUGAAUCCCAGGUCGGAGGAGGAGGAGGUCGAGGACAACUGCCCUUACGAGGUCCGGACGAAGGAGAGGCAACCGUGCGUCGCGAUGUGCGACGGUAAAGGGGAGUUCAGAUGCGGCGGCGUCUGGUAUGCGGACAGCUGCGCUUACGGGGAGAGGCACAAAAUCAACCCUUACAGAUCGAGGGAGGAGCUCAUCCUGUUCUCCACGUGGAAUUUCGAUCACAAGAUCGAGAGGUCCAGGACAUUGAUACCGCAGCUGCUGCAACUGUCGUCGCAGGAUGUCGCCAAAGAAGAGGACAUAUUCGAGCUUUACGACAAUCUGUUCACAAUGAAGAACCUGAGGCUGGUGCAUAUCGUGUGCCACGACAAGGGCUCGCACAAAUAAAUCUCCCCGGGCACAAGGAAUCGACGAGAAAGGGAUCGCGGCGACUCCACUUCAAUAUACGUAACACGUAGACCGAUCUCUGAACGUGAAUGUAACUCUUCGUACGGGAACUCACCCUAUCUGUAAACGCUGUUGAUAGUUGGAUAGAUUUAAGAGUUCGUUAAAUGUCGCAUCCGGCGUCAUUCCGUUGCGCUGUUAAAUAACAAAGCAAUAUCGUUUCUUCCUUGGAGGAUUCACCGGAGUCCCGAAUCGAAGGCAGAACUUUCCUACCGUCUAGCUGUCGAUUUUCAAUUUGAUAUACGUUUCUUAGCCCUUUCCACGUUCAAUACCGCAACCUGUACACGCACAAUGCAGACUAUAUCCGAGGACGUACGUUUGAAUUUCAUCUCGGUCGAUAAGAUAGAUUGCUGCACGAACCGUAAGGUUCACGAGACCUCGUAGCACGUUGUCCGUCCUGCUGGGAUACAUUCGGUUCUCCAUCUUCACAGGGAUCGAACCCUCUACUUAUUAAUAUCUGUAUUGUACUGUUUGUAUUUUACGCACCACGUAGAAUAAGGUUGAACAAUGAUGCGAGAUGUUGAUCGGUGAAUAUUCCGCGAGGGACAACGUGUUGUAGAUACUUUGCGUAAUUCCUAAUCGAAGUCCAGUGGAGCUCCAUUUAUCCAAAUCUGUCGAAUCGAAAGACAGUUUAAGCUAUUCGUGUAACUGCAUUUAUACUUGUACAUAUAAUUUAUUGUUAACGCCCUUUAUCAACCGUUUACGUCCUAGAAAAGUGUUUUAAAUCACCGCUUUCACUGUACUAUGAAAUUUUCCUAACUACAGGUUUCAGCAUAGAUUUUCCGAAUAACGAGCAUCUCUAUGAAUAUAUUCUGCCCGAAUGAACAAUAUAUAUCUAGAAGAUCGCAGCAAAGUUCUGUUGGAUAAAUGGAUCGCUACUGUCUCUAAAAAAUCUCGAAUCCACCUCGAAGCGCGCGCGAAACCGCUGCUUCGUUCUCGGCGCGGAAAGUGAUCGUCCUUCGACAGAAAGAUCUGAAUUUGUCGUACAGGGUUGUGCGCAACGGAAUGAACGCGGAUUACAGAGUUUAUCGGAAGGAUCGUUGCGAACAGACUGGCACGUCCGAGGCUGUGUCCGACGAUGACGUUGACGACGACGACGACGACGGUGACGACUCGGCUCCCGGCCGAGCUAACACGUAUCUUUAGAAAGUGUACUCCAUAGAAAUCUUUCGAGUAUUUUUGAAUCCGACUGGUCGACCGAAGACAAAACCAAAGUUCUGAUAUAUACAUAUAUACAUAAAUAUAUAUACAUAUACAUAUUCGUUAUGAGAUUUAGAGACAGAGAGAAUAUAUAUAUACAUAUAUAUAUAUAUAUACAAAUACAUACGCGUACAGGAAGAGUCAGUCGUGUCUCGUUACAGGUUCGAAACAUUAUGGUCUCACCGGCGAAACGAGUUUUCAGAAGAAGCUUUUACAUAAUUAAUAUAGUACCGGCUUUCGAUUUUUUCGCAAGGUUAUGUAAUUUAUAUGCCUCUAGUUUGGAUCAAGGUGAACGUUCAAGGUCGUCGAUGAACAGCCGCCGGAACACACGAUUUAAACAAGGCGGGGGACGGGAUCUGUCCUGUCCCGAGAAUCAACGAUAUUUUAGGUAGACGUAACUCGCUUCGUCAGUUUCCGCGAUGCUAAUCGAUGAAUUCGUUAACGAGCAGCUAGGGACCGUGACUUUUAAAGAAACACGAGUUCGAGGGGCAUUUUUCGUAACUCUGUCCUUGAAAGUUCGUCGUCUUCAAAUAGGAAAGAACUAUCUCAUUGUUAUUUGCUGUAUACUAUAUAUUUGCUACGUUUGAUUUAUGCGAACGAAUUGUAACCAGGUGACUGACUCGUCCUGUGCCCACGUACAUAUGAACUAUGAAUAUAUACGGUGAUAUAUACACAUAUACAAUGAAGUUAUAAGAUGUUUUAGAGACUUCCGCGAUAUAUCUGAAGCGGUGCUUCCUCCGGCAUAGGGGAAGUUCGACGGAAGGACUCGACUCGAAUUGUGUCUUUUUGAUAAUUCUCCUUUUGAUAUGAUUUCGACUGGUCCGCGUUCGCCAGGACGCGACGCGACUCUUCCCUUCCGCGAGGCUCGCCUCGCCGGGGAACGAGGCAUCGCCGAUUCGACUCACUUUUUAUAACGUCUAGACUGCUCUUUCGACGGGGUAGGUGACGAGGGAAUAACGAUUACGAUUGGUGAUUGUUGUAGUCAACCCCCGGAUGAGACAGUCUUUGGUUCGGGGUUCGUCUUCGGAGAGCGUUACGAUUUUAAUAAAAUCUCAGUUCCUUGUAUCGUGUACGCGAGAACACUCAAGUGUGGGUUAAGCUGAAAUCGGUAUUAGGUUAUUCGUAAUUAGUAAUAUAUAAUGAUAUCAAUAAAGUAAUCAGUAUUAAGAGUAAUCGAUCAAUGUCACUGUAACGAUAGAAAGUUCUGCUGGUUAAUUCAUGGGUAAUCGAACAACAAUAGCGUAAGGGAGGUGUAAAAGCAUUUCUCGGAAGUGAAACUACUUGGACAACGAGUGUCUCGUCCGGGGGCAGGUGGAGUUCUCAGUAGAUUCAGUUGAGUAUCGCGACAUUUAGUUCGAUCGAGCUUCGCGCGUGUCGACGCAGACUGAACUCUGUGAUGUGAACUGUAUCGCGUGUAAGUUUGUCACUUAGAAACUUGAUUGUCUUUUGGCUUCAGUAGCGACCUCAUUACGGAAAUGUCACGGUGGAACUUUGGUUAACCGGAUGACGGACAGAUCGUGUAGAUCGAACCCGGUUAAUCGAGGUCCUGCUAUUAUACAGGGUGCAUCAAGAUCCCGCAUUCUUUCAGCUAGCUAGCAAUUCGCUUCGACGGAGAGAUACUGUCUCGUCCGAUGACGAGAUGCCCGGGGAUCAGGGAAAUCGAUGAACAUCGAUGAGCAUUCGAUAUCUUUCCUUUCAAGUGUCCACGUGGUUAGAACUUGUGUCUCAAAUUACUUAGACGAGCAUCGAACUCGAAGAGCCUUGAGCGGCUUCCAAAUCGGGAAAGAUUGAGCAGUUUCGAUCGACGCGGUAUAUUCGAGAGUCUCGAAGGUCUUGGACGUCUUUGAAUAUUCAAGUAGUUUGAAAUUGAAUAUGAUUAUUAAUUACGACACUUUUAUCGCUUCGUAUUUCUUCCGAGUCCUAAGACUUUCGAGACUCUCCGCUCGGACUCCAGUCGAUUCGGAACUUUCACGACCUCCGAACCGCGGUCGCGACAGUAUCGUCCGUCGAUGGCGCUCCGCGGGGAAUCCCGGCUUUAUCAGCAGCUGGAAAGCUCGCUGCCGCGAGACCCAUUGAUUUCUGCGACGAGCUUCGAAUUAUUUUAAGGGUGCCGGACUCGGCGCCGCGCUGCGCUCCCAGCUAAUUCUAAAACUGAGACGAAAUCAAACGAACAAACGCGAAUCAAAACACGAUAGACACGAAACGAUUAUCGCGUGAGCGGUUCGUUUUGAAAACAGCGCGAGUCGAGUCAGAGAAAAACCGGAUGAAGUCUCCGUCGCGGAGAGAUCGAGAAGAAUACGAAGACGAAGCGAACGCUGCGCCAUUUUCGAAGCGAACAGUUCGCGCGAUGUGAACAAGUAUGAAUCGUACUCGAGUACGAUUUAGGGGACACCCGCUAGUGACGUGAUAUAUACAUAAUCGAAAACCAAAGAUAAGAGAGGAAUAUUUUUGUGAAAUUACGCGCGGCCAAAGAAUCCCGAACCGAUGCGGCGAUCGUCCUUGCCGCGGCGCGGCAAGGGAACUGCAUAACGUAUGCAAUACUUCCUCGUAGGCUACAGUGUAAGCAUAGUUAUUUUUCAAUGUAAAACGACUGUGUAGCUGUACACGUUAGGCAAAUACAUAUAUAUACAUAUAUUUUAGGUACGAGACAGAGAGAGAAAAGGUGAAAAAGAGAGGCUGAAA